AUGAGUAGCAGCACAGAUAACAGCAAAAGUGCAUCGAAGCCCAAGGCAAACGUCUUUAAUUCAACUUUGGCAGGAGCAGGAGCAGGAACGAUCGAGAUUUUGCUAAUGCAGCCAACAGAUGUCGUCAAGACUAGAUUUCAGUCUGCCACAGCGGCAUCUCAUUACAAAGAUGGUAUAUUCAAAGCCUUUAGUAGCGUAUUCAAGGAGGAAGGAUUCUCAGGUAUGCCACCUACUCAUACGCUCAAUAGAUAUUGCCUAUUGAAACUGUUCCGUGUAGCCUUUUACAGAGGAACUAUACCCGUCUUAUGUAUCGUAGGGCCACGUAUUUCGCUGCAAUACAUGGGGUUGGCAUUCUACAAGCCUAUUUUCGAGAAAUUCGAGGAGAGAAAUAUCUUGCCGGCUCAUAGUUCAGCGGGAUUAGCAGGCAUAUGUACGGGUAUUACGCAGGCAGUGACACUUGUAACACCGCUGGAGAUGAUCAAGGUACGCCAACAAACAGAGAUGGUGCUCAAUAAAGAUCAAAAGAGAAAGUAUUAUGGAUUGAUCAAUACAGCUUCUAUCAUCGUUCGACAAGAAGGAUUUGCAGCUCUUUACAGUGGACUAAUGGCGACUGUAGCUCGACAAAGUUGGGGAUUGUUUGUCAAAUUUUCAGCAUACAUCGAAAUCAAAGCCAUGUUUGAAAGAUCUUCUGGCAGUACAGAUGGAACUUUGCAACCAUGGCAACAUAUGGUGAGUGGCGGUAUGGCUAAUGUGCUUGUGGGCGUAUUGAAUUCCCCGCCUGAUGUUGUGAAAACAAGAAUGCAAGAUGCGGGAAGAUCCUACAUCAGCACUUGGGAUUGCAUAAAAUCCAUGUUACGAACUGAAGGGCCUACAUCGUUUUUCAGAGGCUCUUGGCUUCGUAUCAUUCGUAUUGCACCAGGUGGAGCUAUUCAAUUUGCUUGUUAUGAGCAGAUUUUGAACUGGCUGAAUAGUAGAAACAAGGAUGUCGCUCAAUAG